AUGACCAGGGAGGAAGGAGAGAGGGAGGAAGACAAGAGUCCAACAUUUGUGCAUACCUUUGAGCGGUAUCUGAUGGAUGUGCAAAAGUACUUGAUGGAGCCGUUGUUCUUUGCCAGUAUAGGCUUCGCAAUCCCGUUUGUACAGCUUUGGACAGGAAAAAGGAUAUGGAGAGGGAUUGUAUUUACACUACUUAUGGUGUUCGCCAAGUUCAUCGUUGGUGUCUGGGUACCCCUCUGGCAAGCCCUAACUCGAUCCAAACAUGGGAAACCUCGCCGACCACCUAAUCCUCCAAAUCAAAGCGGAAGACAAAGAGACGAAGAAGCAGAGAUGGAACCGGAAGAUGGAACGAAUGAAAAACCCGCAAGAGAAGGUACCAAGGUAAUCUGGCUGUCAGGUCUCCUCCUCGGCUCAGCCAUGGUUGCCCGCGGCGAAAUUGGGCUCUUAAAGGAGAUCGGGUAUAAUGAAACCUCAUACGUCAGUGAAGACGGCUUCAUUACCGGUGUUUGGGCUAUCCUGCUCAACACUAUUAUUGGCCCGGUCGCUGUAGGUGUUCUUGUCAAGUUAUAUGGAAAGCGUAUUGGAGAGGGAGCGUGGGGAGUACAGGAAACUCCGCAACUUGGGAGAGCUGCUGGGUGA